AUGACUGACACUUUCUGCAUCCCUGCUACAGAUUGGGCAGAGAGGGCUCUCUACCACUCUUUUUUUGAAAAGGUUGGAUUGGGUGGGAAGGGCCUCAAGGCAGGCUCUCAAGCAGGGAAGGAAGUUUUUAUCAAAGCUAUUCUCCAAGCCCUCCCUAUUUACACUAUGAGUGUAUUUAAACUGCCACUCUCCCUCCUUAAAGAUAUCAACAGUGUUAUUCAAAAGUUUUUGUGGGAGCAACAAGACGAAGAACAUAAAAUUCAUUGGGUCUCUUGGAAAUGGAUGGGGAGGUCUAAAUCUGAAGGGGGUAUAGGAUUCAGGGAUCUUGAGUUCUUCAACUUAGCAAUGCUCUCAAAGCAAUGCUGGAGGCUAAUCCAACAUCUUGAGUCCCUUGCAGCACAAGUCUUGAAAGCAAAGUACUUCAAAAACUCAACAUUUCAGUAG